GUUCACAUCUAACUGGUGACUUCAUUUCUUCUCUCCCGUCUUCUAUCUAGGUAGCUGUGUACUAUUAACUACCAAUAAGAUUACUAAUAUAUCCUCUGAGGGCCAAUAAGGACAAAGCAAUCUAGUCAGCUGGGUGUGUUGAGUUGGAGUUUACACUUUGGACCCCAGAAGAGCUGAGAGAUACAGAGCAGACUCUUCAGAAACGGAGACCUCGGAGUAAAUUAGAUAUUUGUUUGAGUUGCAGUUGUUUUGACAGCUUCUUUGGUGUGCCACUCAAGCAGGAAAAUUAUGGAGCAUUACCCGGAUCAGGGUUGUGAUGGCCUUGAGCUGCUUGACUGGCUAUUUGAUCAAAAUAAUGGUAUUCUCCGUCACGAAGAACCAGGACAACACACUUGGCCAAUCCAGGACCCAAAUCAGAUGUUGCAGCCACCCGAACAGCCAAACGAUGAUUUUCUCAAUGCGCUCCUGCGUGGCGGUGAUUCUGUGUCAGCCUCUCCGCUCUGGUCACCAUCUCACAGUGACAGUGGGAUCAGUGAGGACCCUCCAUCAGACCAGAUGGACAGUCCUCAGCGCCCUGAAAGCCCACCCGGGGAUUCCCAUUUCUUUGGUACAAGACCACUAACCAAGGCGGCCCUGGAAGCCAAUGUCCCCGCUGACUUCAGUGGCUGGAAGCUCGGCUUUCAAAUGGGCAAGACGAGGAUUACACAGCCUUCUGAUGUGCAUACAUCACAGCUUUCCUCUAGCUUCCCCCUAACUGUCAAAGAUCUGCUAUUGUCGGGCACGUCUGAGCCAGUCCCACAGCCGUCCCAAAAGUCCAUUCAAGAGCUGGUUCUCAAUGAAGAUGAGAAGAAGCUUUUAGCAAAGGAGGGAGUCACUCUGCCCACCCAGCUGCCUCUCACAAAGUAUGAAGAAAGGAUUCUGAAGAAAAUACGCAGAAAAAUUCGCAACAAGCAGUCGGCCCAGGAGAGCAGAAAGAAGAAAAAGGAGUACAUCGAUGGGCUGGAAAGCAGGAUGGUUGCCUGCAGUACACACAACCAAGAGCUACAGAGAAAAGUGUCCCAGCUGGAGAAAUGCAACAUGUCACUAAUGGAACAGCUGCGCAGGCUGCAGGCCCUGGUCAUGAAUACAUCGAAUAAGCCAGCCCAGACUGGGACAUGUGUACUGGUGCUCGUGCUGUCCUUCUCCCUAAUACUGUUCCCAAGCCUCAAGCCCUUAUCUGACUCCAAAGUCAGCCAAGGAGACUUCACUCCAGUCAGAAUCCAGUCACGGUCCCUGCAGAACCUUCAGGCUUCCCGCGUGCUCCAUGUCACUGAAUCCCCAUUCUUCACCGAGGAUGAAUCAGAGCCUCUGCACCGGCAUUACCCAGAAGACCCGGGAUUGGAAGAUUUGACCGCACUGAUGGAGAAGAUGGCAGUAGACCAAGAACAAUCCACUUUGGAGUCCGUGUCUCUCAACAGCAGUCAGGAAGACAAAAACGGUCAUUUCCAUGUAGACCCAAUUACUGGUCACAUCGCUUCUGUGACCUUGAAUCCCCAUCGCUCUGCCAGGUUACAACCACACGCUGAUGGUAUGUAAGAAAGAAAGGAAGCAAAAUUUUCAAAUUAUCCUACUCCUAAUGGUAGAGCAGGGGAUUAUCAGGGGCUGUUGUUUACACAAAGGGAAAUUGGGUUUUAAUCAUUCCCAUUUUGUCUUUAAUACUUAUGUAGCCUGUAUGCUUUUUUUCUACUUGUGAUACUGUUUUAUAUCAGUGUUUGGAUUUGAAUCCCUACUGAAAUUUCUUUUUCUGUGUAUGCCUUGCCUUUGAUGAAAUGCCAGUGUAAAUUGCUGUUUGAGAAUGUCAAAAAAUGUGGUGAAUAGAGCCGUGAUUACGUGUAUAGUUUUGAUCAUAAUGAAUGAUUUUUGAAAUGUUAAAGGAUUUUCAAAGCAUGUUUUCUCCGAAGAGUUGAUUGCAGCAGUUUGGAUUUAUUCAUGGAUUAAACAUCCUAAAGUAAAAAAAAAAUUUUAAAUAACACAACAAAAUCAGUGGUUUGAAUAUACUGUGUAUGCAUUUUCUGUAUUUUCAAGCUUUAAUUAUUAAAAAGUGAAAACAUGUGGUACAACAUCUCUGUUGACACAUCUGGCUGAAAAAGAGCGCUGUGGGGUGGGUGUCAGUAGUGACAUGGUUCACACAGAGGGAGACGGAAAACUGGGACAAAGGUGAGGCAGAUGACCUGUUAUCUCAUUAGUCAGAUUUGACAUGUUGGUUUAUUUACUUGUUGAAGCCAGUUUCCAGUUAGUGUCCGUGGCACUCGCCCACCUUCUGUUUUGUCAUUGUCAACCUCACAAAAAUUGAAAGGUGUUCUUAAGCUUGCUGCCAUUUCACCUAGCAUUUAGGUCUGACCUGUUCAAGAUGACAUUUUCUGAGGUCGGCUACACUUUAUUUGAAGGAGCGGCCGGAGAUUGAAUUCUGGGAUUAAAUGAUCCUCUCCAUCCAACACUCUGGUCACCAUCUGUAUGGAUUCAUAGAAGAAAAAAUAUGUAGUUUACAUUAAUACACACACACACGGACAUUUUAUAACAGAAAUCCUUCUUUUGAGAUUAUUUUACAACAUUCAUGAGAUUACUUGAAGCUCUUGGCAGAAUGUCAUCAUCUGACUAAAUCUUCAGUCAGCUGACAACUAUCUGGAAUUACUCCAGCUUGUUCACCUGACACUGAACACAUUACAUGAAAGAUGAAGGCAUAACUUUCUGUGUGCGUGUCUGCAGACUGGAUACAGCAUGAGGGGAAUGCCAACUUUGUGGCAAUCCAUCAAAAAGGUUUUGAAAUCCAUUCUAAACUAAGCUUAAACUAAAAUUUGUCAACCGGUUGUGACAACCUGAAUGUUUUUUUUAACAAAGACUGUGUGAAAUUGCACACUUUUAAUCACAUAUUUGAAUGAUUAUAGGAUCUUUCCUGUUGCUAUGGCAGCUGUCUUUUUCAGUCUGACUUUAAGUGUGGCUUUUCAGAGCAGCAAUAAAUACUUUGCCUUCAAACAUGGUCAGAUGGCACAGUAUCUGGCCUAGCUGUGCUCCUUGUAUAUGCUAGCUUUCAGCCACUUACUGCUUUUCAUUUUUACAGGCAGCAAUAAAUCAAAGAACAGACUCCUGAUCAGACUCCUCCAACAUCUGAUUGUGAUGUGUAUUGUUUUCUCAUAAUUCUUAUGAAUCUGUGGGUGUGAUUUUAUAUAUAUAUAUGUAUAUGUUUUUUGUUUGUUUGUUUAUUUGUUUGUUAACCAUCGUGGUUUCAUGGGAGUCCUUGGGGCUGGCCAGAAUGUUAUACAUGCUUAUGAAAAGGAAGCAGGGAAGGUUCUGAGUCGAGGACAUUUAGCUGUGGGAUUCAUCUCCUUUGCCUCACUCUUUCUCGGCUGAUUAGAAUCUUUCACUGUUGAGUAGCCAGGCAAGCUAAUCACACCACUUUAAUUUUAAGGCUGAACUGGGUCCCUUUGCUUGAGAGCCAGGGUAAUAAUAUUAUCAUAUCAAAUGAAAAAUAUUUACAUAUUUCCACAAAUAACCCACUGUUCGACUUGACAGGAAAUUAUUAAUAAUUAAAGUCCUAUAACCUUGAAAUCUCCUGCA